AUGUCUCUUCGCUUACCUAUCGGGCUAACUUCCGAAAGUCAUUCGAUCACCACUCUUCAAGGCUCCACUCACUCCACUUUUGCUACUGCCUUCCCUCUGAGACACCAGCUUCAGCACCCUGCAGCUUCCAGCACUCCUGCAGCUUCCAGCAUUCCUGCUGUCUCCAGCUCACUCCAACCGCUUUCAGCUCACUCCUACCGCUUCCAGCUCACUCCUGCAGCUUCCAGCACCCCUGCAGCUUUCAGCUCACCCCUGCGGCGCUCUACUGACGUCCGGACACCGUUCCCAAACAAACGACCUCUGUCGUCUUCCCAUCCACCGUUCGCAAGUAAAGACACGAUUUCCAUCGUCUACAACGGACCAUCUGCGUUUGUCAUCCUUCUUUGCUAUUGCCAUCUCCUUGCCUUUGUGUCCCCUAUUUUAGUUGUACGGUCGAUUGGCACUCACACCUCUCGGUCCGCUGCAACAACAGUUUGA